UCAUCGUUUGAUAACAAGAGGAAACAUGGUUGAACAGUCGAAAGCUGCUCCGAAGAAAGGCGCCAAGAAGGCAGUCAUCAAGGCUACUGGCAAGACCGGUACCAAGAGGAGAAGGCCUAGGAAGGAGAGCUAUGCCAUCUACGUGUACAAGGUGCUGAAGCAGGUCCACCCCGACACCGGGAUCUCGUCCAAAGCCAUGGGCAUCAUGAACUCCUUCGUGAGCGACAUCUUUGAGCGCAUCGCCGGUGAGGCUUCCCGGCUGGCCCACUACAACAAGCGCUCCACCAUCACCUCCAGGGAGAUCCAGACCGCCGUGCGCCUCCUGCUCCCCGGUGAGCUGGCCAAGCACGCCGUGUCCGAGGGCACCAAGGCCGUCACCAAGUACACCAGCUCCAAGUAAACGAGUAGACGUUUACUAACCCAAAGGCUCUUUUAAGAGCCACCCACUUCCCCUGAGAGCACUUUUUCUCAAUGCUUAAUUGCCUUAAAUGUGUCACCUCCUUUUUUGCACAGCCAGACCUAAUUUGUGACUUAUGGUAACUGCAUCUGUUAAAACAAAUCCACAUACCAUCAGUGCACCAUGUUAUAAAAAUGCAGUUUUUAUAUAUCAACAGAAGAAUUUGAAAGGUUCUGUGUUUUCCUUUGAUUGUAAUGAGGUAAAUUAACUGUCAAAACUGUUUCUGGACAUCUUAUUACUAUUAACUUAAUUCUCUGCAUAUUAAUUAUAAUAAAUCUUAAUAACAAACAAU